ACAUUAACUUAUCACAAAGACGAACAGGUUCAAGAUUUGUGCUCUCUGCUACUUGUGCCUUCUAACAAUCCUUUUAAGGAAACUUUAACUAGAAAUAACUUAACAGAUCAUGGACAAACACAAUGAACACAGCUUAGAUAAAAGGAUGUCUCCUUUUGAAUUUGUUGUUGAAAAUCCUGAGAAACUGCCAUCCAAUUCUUCAGCUUCCACUUCGAAAAAUAAGUUUUUAACUCGAUCUACACAACAGCCAUUAUCAUUACAAAUGGAAAUAUAUGGUUAUCUCGAAACUUCUGAUCUCAACAACUGCUCCGAUCAUGUGUUUUUCUGUACACCACUUUCAGAACAUUUAACCUCGUAUCCAACCAGUUCUACUCACAUUAAGCAAUCUCUAAGAACAGCACACAAAGGAACUUCACCAAAGAAAAACAUCAAAGAAAGAGCAUCCUCAAAAAUAGCCUUGUUCCAGAAUUUACUCCACAGUUUGACUAAAACUAAUUUUCACUUGAUGGUACAAAUUAAAAUUGAUGAGGAAACUACACCUUAUAUAGGUGUCCUAGAACCUAUCACUAUCAAUCUAGCUGCUGUGACAAUUCUUCCAAUGGGCCUCAAUAGACAACUGAAAGAGCUUUUCCCUGUUUUUCCAGUUUAUGGACAUUGUUCUAAUUCAAAGAUUUCUAGUGCUUGUGAUUUUGACAAACUCGAUUCCGUUUUACAGCGAUAUUCCACCAAGAUAAUGCAUUCAAAACAUUUCACCAAGGAUCAGUCAGAUAAAACCAUACCAGAAUCAACUUUCCAUUCUGUAUUUGAUUCUUCUAUUUUAAACAAAUGGACAAUUCCUAAUGCUGAAAAUCCUGAAAUGACAAAAAUGUCUAAAUUAUUCUGUAAAAAACAGCUCCAUACAAAGGAAAUAGAAUUGUUGAAGAAACUGAAACAGUUAUAUCGUAAAGCUGACAGCCCUUCUAGGUUGGUAGACAAGGGAUUAGUUGAUGAAAAACCCUCGAAACCUGAUACAAACCAAGCAACUGAAAGCAUUUCUCAGAAGGCUGACAAUCUGAAACCUUGUCUUCUGAAGAAACUCCGUAGUUUUACUCUUGGUCCAACUCGAGCAGAAAUGAUCCUCUACAAAAGCAUGGCAGUUGCUGAAGAGUUGAAUAAAACUGAAAGUGAAGAACCAGUUUCAUGUCUGCAAGAGAAUGAAGAUUCCAAGCAGAUUCUUGAUGAAGUUAACACACUUGUUAAGUGUAUUACUAAUAAUAACGAUCUAAUUGACUUUGUUAAUCAGUCUUAUGCAACAUCCCUCCAAGAGAAAUUGGAUCCUUGGAAGCAGAUCUAUCAAGUUGUAAAUGUAGUCCUUAAUUAUUUAAAACCUCACAAUACAGACAAUCCAGAAACAGAAACCAAGAAAUUUUUGCUGGAACACUUGUACGUUUCUUGUUCUGAUCUGCGUCAUAAAUACAAAAAGCCAGAACUAGAGAAAGAGACUAAAAUACAAGAAUAUAAACUUCAAAUUAUUCUUCGAAUGGAAAUUCAAUGCCUUCAAUUAGUAUCUGAUAAAACUGAAACUCUUGACACAAAAGAUGAUGCUCACUCUAUGGAAGCCUGUGUAGAAGAUGUAGUUACAAUGUUACGAACAUUGUCUUUUAUUUCAGAUCUCACUUUAUUGCCUUUCUUUCUCAGAGAUGUGUUACUCAAGAAUUACAGCCACUCAAUACCACAGGUUGUAGCGAAUAUAUAUGAUGAACUGAUGCAGCCAGUGCCCAGUGUCCUGGCUGAUGUUAUGUCACCCGAGUCAGAUGCACCUUCAACACUUUGUCCUUCUUCUGUGAGUAGCUUUACUGUCGAUGAAUCUCUGAGAGAAUUUUUACCCAAUGCAGUCCAACAAACACAAACCAAGAAAUCUAAAACCAAGCAGGUGUUGCCAGGUCUUGGUGAAAGACUCAAUCGACAGAUCAUUGUCGGUAAGAAAUCUAAUACACAGGCAAUAAAGAAACGUCUUUCUAAAUCAAAAUCUAGUUCUUCAGAUAAGAAAAGGACUGGUGUUGUUAGUAGUUCUAAAGACACUGUUAGGGCCAGGCGUAGCCUCUUCACAAGUGAUAGCAGGAAGUUAGAAAGACACCGUUCAUUUGCUGUGACAGAGAGAGAAAAGUCCCGUGCUCAUCGGAGGCAUACUCAUCACAAAGAUUCAGGAAAAAACAAAAGGAGAAAAACAGUUGUUGCCGAAACACCUGCACAUAAACAGGUGUCUCAGGUAAUGCGGCGUUGGCACCUACUGCAGAGUAGACUGACAGAGCCACUAGAAGUACUGGCAAAAGGUCAGUCAAACACUGACCACAAUUUACCUUUGGAAUCCAAGUCUUCUAGACUUGUAAUUGAAGAGUCACCCUUGAAAGAAAUACAAAGCUCAAAACUAUCAAGUUCAGAGUGUAACCACAAAACAAAAGUUUUGAUCCGAAAAGGUUUCUAUGGCUUAAGUCGAAAUCGUUUACAAUCCAGAAAUUUUGCAAAAUAUAUGGGACUGGCUGACCGUAUUGCUGGGCGCCAUGACCGCUAUGCCAAAUUGACUACUACUUCUACUUCUUUCACAGAAAAUAAUGCAAGCAGCCGGUCACCACUGGAUCAACCCAAUACAUUUGCUCUCUCUCAACUUAUGGGCUUCCCAUCACCUAGUACUCCCAAAUUUGACAACACUUCUAUUACAUCAAACUAUACACCAAAUCCCAAAAGUGAAGCUUUUCCUUUUAGUAGAAGCCCAGUAAUCCGAAAGCGUUCUUUAGACAAGCCACUUGUUAAACAAGCUCUUUUUACAACACCUGAAAAAAUAUCGAUGCAAUCAUCAUCAACAGCUCACUGUAGUGGUGAUAAACAAUCAAAAUCAAAUAAGUUGGCACUUGAGAAAAGUGAGAAUAGCAUAUUUCAAACGCCUACAAAAGAAGCCCCUCAUUGUUUAGAAACUCCUGAAAAGUCUGUAAUCACUCCAGAAAAUAUACAGUUAAAUAACUUCAAUGAAUCCAAAGUGAUUGAAAAUGUAAGUAUUGUUACUCGAAACAAAUCUUGCACAAAUAAUAUAUCACAUGAGUCACAAAGAUUCAUUGCAACUUCAGGAACUCUGAAAAAAACUCCAGUCAAAAGACGGAACGAUGUUCAUGAAACUAGUAGUGUCAUUUCACAACCAAAAUCUAAUUCUGUUUCUGGUGAGGAAGAUGCUUCUCAUAGAAACAGUGUCUCCACAUCAUUAAAUUUACCAACAAAGGUUUUACAGACUCCUUCUCCAAAGCCCUCUGUACAAUCUUCUACACCAGAUUCUUUAGAUAAGUGGAAACGUAAAAAGUACUAUUAUUGCAACAAAGAGAAAUCAUCUAACAUUUGUCAUUCAUCUUCAGUUUCCAAUCAAGGUGUUGCAGAUAAGUCGAACAGGUGUUUACGUUUGGACACUGAUUAUGAAACUUUUCUCGAUCUCCUUGGUAAUAAGCAUUCAAAGCGGAAAGCUGGAGUGGAUUCCAAUGGGGCAGGUUUCUUGACCAAGAGAAGAAGAUAUAACAACUAAAGUCUUCAAACUUCAUAUAGCAAAUUAAAAUAUAUUGCAAGUUUACUUACUUGUACAUAAGUUAGUUUAAAGUUUUUAUUUGUUUUUUUUUAAGUAGCUUCCAACAAAAAUUUCAUUAAAGUUUUAAAAUAUAAAACUAAUAUAUUAUUUAAAAAAAAAAAGGUAAACAUUUUAAAAAAUUA